CAACAGCCCACCGGCACAUGAUGUUAUAACUGUUGAUUCUCGAUCUGAUGGAUGAAAAUGAUCUGACAUCCACCUUCUGCAUAUAAAAACACCAAACCCUAGCUUGUCUUCCUAGUCUCCAAUCUCAUUCACGCACUAGUGGCACGGCGCUUCUGCUCGAGGCGGUGGCCGGCGGCAAGAGCAUCCGGCAGGCGGCUUCGCGCGGGUCGUUACGCCCAUCCAUGUGGUGAGCCUCUCCCCAUCGCAUAGCUUUUCCUCUGCGUCAACGCCAUCUCACCGGCGGCGGGCGUGCGGCCGGCGGACGGAGGCCGGAGGCGAUGGCGAGCUCGUCUGUGGCGGCGGACAUGGAGCUAGACCGCCCGAACCUGGAGGACUACCUCCAAUCCGUCUCGCUCCCGCAGGAGGCGCCCCAUUAUCUCCAUCUGCGUGAUCUGCUGGACAUCUCGCCGGUGCUAACCCAGGCAGCGGGUGCCAUCGUCGAUAUGUCUUGGUUUAUGUCACGGGAAGGCAAUCUCAAUGCUCAUACAGGAAAAUGGGAUUUGGUGAACUCCACAUCAGAAAGCACUUCCAGGUUUCUGUUGCAGAGGAUGUGGAAAAGGAAGCAGAAGAUGUAGGAAGUAGGGGUAGCUGUUCUUUUUUUUAAUAGUUUCCUGUUAGAGUUAACUGAAAGAAGCUACAAGAUUCAGGGAGAACUGAUCUACUUUCUUUCUGUACUUUGUGCUACACAACAGUAAUAACCCAGAACAACUGAACAACCAAUUCUGGAUUUUCAAAAAUCAAUAGGGAAUAUUGUUAGUAACCAUAUAAUUAUUUUUGUCGGUGGAGUAAUUAUGAUUUUCUUUGUCUACAGAAAAUCAUUGCCACCUCAUGGGAAAUAUAUGCAGAAUGUGGUAGUUUUUGUAAUUUCCAUUGUCUAGACAAGUAAUUAUAAUUUUAUAGUCCGCUACA